UCAAAUACAAAUGUGUCAGUCUCUAUAUAAUGAUCGACAUCCAACUUGGUUAGAAUAAGAAACAGAGAGCGCUAAGCAAAUAUGGGCAGCGUUUCCUCCAAUGUUGCCAUUCUACUCAUUAUUUUUGAACUCUACACAACAUUACUAUUAUUGCACAAUCAUUUAGCCAACGCCGAUCCAAUUGCUAGCAAAGCCAGAGAAACUUUAGAGAUAAUUAUAGGCGGGGGAAUAGGGGGUGGUGGUGACACUCCAUCGGAUGCUCCACCUCCUGAUGAUGGCCCAAGCUGCCCACCACCGGUUUCUCCCUUCACAUUUGAGAGCAAACGCAUCGAAAUCGUCUACCCGGUGAUCCAAAGACUGAAGGCCAAAAUCACAUGCGACCCUUUUGGCAUAACAAAAUCUUGGGUUGGCCCUGACAUUUGCAACAAGUAUCAAGGCUUCCGCUGUGCCACUGUGCCUGACUACGGAGUGAAGGCACUGGCAGAUGUACAAUUCAACGGCUACAAUUUCAGCGGCCCUGACCUCACCCUUGAAGGCUUCAUUGACGAGUUACCGGACCUCAGCAUCUUCCACGGCAAUUCCAAUAAAUUCGCCGGAAACAUCCCAAAGAAAUUAUCAACCAUCAGAUACUUGUUCGAACUAGACCUCAGCAACAACAAUUUCAACGGUCAGUUCCCUUGUGAAGUUCUUGGCGCUACCAAGCUGACUUUCCUGGACCUCAGGUUCAACUCAUUUUCUGGGACGGUUCCACCUCAAGUAUUCACCCUAGACCUCGACGUUCUCUUCAUCAACAACAACAACUUCGUGCAAAGGCUUCCGGAUAACCUCGGCUCGCUACCGGUUCUCUUUUUAACUCUAGCCAAUAACAAGCUCACCGGUCCAAUUCCUUCCAGCAUCGGCAAAGCAUCCAAAACCUUAGAUGAAGUUAUCUUCCUGAACAACCAACUCACUGGCUGUCUCCCGUGCGAAAUCGGGCUUCUAAACAAGGCCACGGUUUUCGACGUGAGCAGGAACCUGUUAACCGGUCCAAUACCGUGGUCCUUUGCAUGCCUGGCAAAAAUGGAGAUUUUAAACCUGGCCAAGAAUCAGUUCUUUGGGGUCGUUCCCGACCCAAUAUGUCAGCUGCCGAAUUUGGAAAGUUUUGACUUGUCCUCCAAUUAUUUCACUGGGGUUGGCCCGGAGUGUUGGAAGCUGAUUCAGAGGAAAGUGCUGGAUGUUACCAUGAAUUGCAUUCCAGGACUUCCCAAACAAAGAUCCAAAGCUGAAUGUGAUGCAUUCUUCUGGAAGCCCAGAAGCUGCAGCAACCAGGGGUCCUUGACUUGGGUUCCUUGCAGUAGUAAAUACUCUCAACCGGCGACUAGUACUUCUCCGGGCGGACGAGCAGGCUUUUCUUACAAAGCCCUGAAGCCGCAUCGGCUGUAAGGGGCAGCCGUCUUUGUCCUUGUCACGGUGGGUCUAAAAUUAUUGGUCCUGUGCCCGCCAAACAACGUCGGGUAUAGGGAAAUGAAUAAAUUAGUACAGAAAAAGAUGGUCCACCAGCUUGUACGUACGUGCGUCUAUCGUCUUAUGCAGUUCCCCUAUUAUUAGUUUGCUUUAAAUGUCUCCAAAAUGAAGAACUGCUUGUAUUGUCUUGUGUUUUAUAUAUAUAAAUAUAUAUAUAUUCUAGUAUGUUAAGGAUA